AUGGUAUGGAAAGUUCUAGCAGUUUGUCUAAAGGCACGAUACCAUGCAUUGCGCACAACCGGGAUAAGGAAAAAUGACCCGCGAAUCGGAGAGAUGAUGGAAAAUCUCGCCGUGGUGCACAGGAAUUCAGGAUUCGAAGGCGGUUCUCCUGAAACGCAGAAAAUGGAUAGGGAAACGUUCAGAAGCGUGGUGGCGCCGAACAUCGUGCUGAUAGCGCGCGCGUUCCGUCACCAAUUCAUAAUUCCGGACUUCCAAGGAUUCGCGAAGGACUUGGAGGAAGUGUACUGGAAGUGCAAGGGCAAUAACGAUGGCAAGGUGGGCAGACCGUCGCGCGUUGUGAACCCGGACGACGAUCCCGCCGGCGAAAAUGUUGCUAGCUACAUUCCACAGCUGGCUCGCAUGAACCCUGAUUUUUGGGGUGUGAGCGUCUGCACCAUUGACGGACAAAGGUUGUCGAUUGGAGAUUGCAAUGUGCCAUUUACUUUACAAUCUUGCAGUAAACCGUUGACAUAUGCCAUAGCAUUGGAAAAGCUAGGCCAGGCGACGGUUCAUCAAUAUGUCGGUCAAGAACCAAGUGGUAGAAACUUUAAUGAACUCGUACUAGAUUAUAAUAAAAGACCGCAUAAUCCUAUGAUAAACGCUGGAGCGAUAUUGGUUUGUUCGUUAUUGAAAACUUUAGUCAAACCUGAGAUGACUCUAGCUGAGAAGUUCGACUAUAUGACCACAUAUUUUAAGAGAUUGGCUGGUGGAGAGAGUCUCGGCUUCAACAACGCGGUGUUCUUGUCGGAACGCGAAGCCGCCGAUAGAAAUUACGCUCUUGGUUUUUACAUGAGGGAACACAAGUGCUACCCGGAUAAAACUAAUUUACGUGAAUGCAUGGACUUUUAUUUUCAAUGUUGCUCCAUGGAGGCAAAUUGCGACAGCAUGGCAGUAGUUGCUGCCACUUUAGCAAAUGGAGGAAUUUGUCCGAUAACUGAUGAAAAAGUCUUAAGACCAGAUGUCGUCCGAGAUGUCUUAUCAUUAAUGCACAGUUGCGGAAUGUAUGACUACUCUGGACAAUUUGCGUUUAAGGUCGGAUUACCAGCAAAAUCCGGUGUCUGUGGGGGCAUGUUGGUAGUCAUACCAAAUGUUAUGGGCAUCUUUACAUGGUCUCCACCCUUGGAUCCACUUGGAAACAGUUGCCGAGGAGUUCAAUUCUGCGAAGAAUUGGUACAAGUUUUCAAUUUUCAUCGGUACGAUAACUUGAAACACGCCAGCAACAAAAAAGAUCCAAGAAGACACAGAUAUGAGACCAAAGGGUUGAGCAUUGUUAAUCUUCUGUUCUCAGCAGCUAGCGGUGAUGUUACAGCCCUACGCAGGCACAAGCUGUCCGGUAUGGACAUCACCCUGUCAGAUUACGACGGUCGUACCGCUUUGCAUUUGGCGGCUGCCGAGGGUCACCUUGACUGCGUGGCGUUCCUUCUGGAGCAAGGACGGGUACCUCAUGAUCCCCACGAUCGCUGGGGCAAUGCUCCUCUUGAUGAGGCCGAGACUUUUGGACAUCAUCACGUGGUGGAAUUCUUGAGAGCUUGGGAUGAACGCGUACGGAGCGGGGAG